AUGGGAAAAUCUAACUUUUCGCUUUGGAACAUAUGGGUUGCCUCGACGCUCCUGAAAUGUCUGUUGUUUCCUGCAUAUCGGUCCACGGACUUUGAAGUGCACCGAAACUGGAUGGCUAUCACGUACCAUCUGCCUUUGAAAGACUGGUACAUAGAAGAUACAUCCAUAUGGACUCUAGACUACCCACCAUUCUUUGCAUAUUUUGAGUGGAUUUUGUCCCAUUUAGUGCCGCAAUUCGUGAUAGACGAUAAUUGCUUGGUGAUAUCUGCGGAGCCUCCGGCUUUUAGUUGGCCUUCGGUAUUCUACCAGAGGUCAACAGUGAUACUGUCUGAAUGCGUCUUAUUCUGGGCUUUGCAAUGGUACAUCAACUCUUCACAGCCCGGAACUGAAAGGUCCAAAAAUUUCGUGGUGGCAUCCUCAAUUGUGCUGAGCCCAGCCUUGACUUUCAUUGACCAUAUCCAUUUCCAGUACAAUGGUAUGCUAUUUGGGAUAUUGUGUCUCUCGCUGGUCAAUGCUCAGAAGAAGAACUACCUUGCAUGUGCUGUGUUCUACACGAUUUUGCUGUGUUUCAAGCACAUAUUCUUAUAUCUGGCACCGGCAUACUUUGCCUUCUUGCUUAGAAACUAUUGUCUGAACAUACCGAAGAAGGUGCCUCGUUCGUUUUCCAGUGUGUGCAAAAUUGUCAAUUGGCUAAACUGUUUGAAAUUGGGCUCCUCCAUGGCACUCGUGGUGGGAAUUGCAUUUGGACCUUUUGCAUACUAUGGAGUGAUCACUCCGUUAGUUCAGAGACUCUUCCCGUUUGCAAGAGGCCUCACCCACGCUUAUUGGGCUCCAAACGUCUGGGCAAUUUACUCGUUCCUGGAUAGAGUCCUCAUCCAGUUUUACAGACAUGUUUGGAAGACACCUGUUGAGUCUUUAGCAUCUACGACUUCUGGUUUGGUUCGUGUCGUGGAUUUCACUGUUCUACCGAAUAUCACACCGAAGGUGACGUUUCUGCUCACCCUGUUCUACCAGAUAUUUGCCAUUCUGCCGGUGCUCAUUACGCCGACUUUCACCAAAUUUGUGGGGUCUCUCACUUUAUGCGGAUUUGCUUCGUUCCUGUUUGGCUGGCACGUCCAUGAAAAGGCCAUCCUUCUGGUGAUCAUACCAUUCACUUUUAUAGUGCCCAAGGACAAGAGACUAUUUGAAGUGUUCAAGCUGCUGACCUGUGCCGGUUACGUUUCACUGUUUCCGCUUCUCUUCAGACCAGCAGAAUACGGCUUCAAGACGCUGUACACGUUUGUGUGGUGUGUGAUCUACUACGCCUCGUUCGAAGAAAUUACCCCGUCGCUACCACGUCGCGGGUUCUGGAAUAGAUUCAAUCUGAUAUAUAUCAUUGGACUUCUGCCGGUGGUAACAAUUGUCUCCGUGCUCGAAAUGUUGAGCUCCACUGUGCCUGUCCUUCAGAGAUUCGAAUUCGUCAAGUUGAUGAUAUACAGUGUGUAUUGUUCGAUUGGGGUCAUUGCUUCGUGGAACAGUAUGUCAUGGUUGUACUAUCUUGACGACGAGAUAUGGAGCUAG